CUCCUCUCUCUCUGCAGAUCCUGCGCCGGAGGACACAGACGCAGCUGCCAGCCCACUUCUGGUCCUCGCUCCCCUCGCCUUGCUGCCUCGAGCGACUUCCCUCUCUUGUUCAGGAUGGCAACUCUUAAGAACAAGCUGAUUGCACCGGUUGCAGAAGAAGAGGCCCUGGUUCCUAACAAUAAGAUCACUGUGGUCGGGGUUGGACAAGUGGGUAUGGCAUGUGCCAUCAGCAUUCUGGGAAAGUCCCUGGCUGAUGAACUGGCCCUUGUGGAUGUUUUGGAAGAUAAACUCAAAGGAGAAAUGAUGGAUCUGCAGCAUGGGAGUCUGUUUCAAAGCACUCCUUUUCCUUCGCCAGAUUACUCUGUGACGGCCAAUUCGAAGAUAGUGGUGGUGACUGCAGGAGUCCGUCAGCAAGAGGGGGAGAGUCGGCUCAAUCUGGUGCAGAGGAAUGUCAAUGUCUUCAAGUUCAUUAUUCCUCAGAUCGUCAAGUACAGCCCCGACUGCAUCAUCAUUGUGGUGUCCAACCCAGUGGAUAUUCUUACAUACGUUACCUGGAAACUAAGUGGAUUGCCCAAGCACCGUGUGAUCGGAAGUGGCUGUAACCUGGAUUCUGCUAGAUUUCGCUAUCUGAUGGCUGAAAAACUUGGCAUUCAUCCCAGCAGCUGCCAUGGAUGGAUUUUGGGAGAGCAUGGAGACUCGAGUGUGGCCGUGUGGAGUGGCGUGAAUGUGGCGGGGGUUUCUCUUCAGGAACUGAAUCCAGAGAUGGGGACAGACAAUGACAGUGAAAAUUGGAAGGAAGUGCAUAAAAUGGUGGUUGAAAGUGCCUAUGAAGUCAUCAAACUAAAGGGUUACACCAACUGGGCUAUUGGAUUAAGUGUAGCUGAUCUUAUUGAAUCGAUGUUCAAAAAUCUCUCCAGGAUUCAUCCAGUGUCCACGAUGGUGAAGGGGAUGUAUGGCAUUGAGAAUGAAGUCUUCCUGAGCCUCCCCUGUAUUCUGAAUGCCCGGGGCUUGACCAGUGUUGUCAACCAGAAGCUGAAGGACGAUGAGGUUGCUCAACUCAAGAAGAGUGCAGACACUCUGUGGGACAUCCAGAAGGACCUAAGAGACCUGUGACGUUUGAGUUCUAUGCUAUAGAAAUGAAAAACUCCUAUGUGAUUAACAUGAGCCUUUAGUUAUUCUCCUUGUGUAUGGAUCAGUUUGCUUUUUUCUUCCUAAAUAUGUGAAUUUGGGCCCGCAGGAUGAAGGCACAUGCUUGGCUUAAUGUUUGCUGUAUGGGCGCUUGGAAAAUAAAAUUAACUAUUGUAGCAUG